UGAUCACUGCGCCUGCAACCAACUUUCUAGGCUGGCUGUUUCAGACUUCCGUGCUUUUUUCGAUCAUGGCAGAACCAGUUGGACUGCAAUUCAAGCAUUUUAUGUGGAUGCUCAUCAAUUAAAAAGUUUGAAGUAAAUCCGAUAAGAUGCAUUUUCUAAAGAGUUUACCUUAUAACAAUUCAAUUGUGAGGACAGGGAAUCUGUUGCACCGUGGCCUGUAUAAAUUGAUUGGCAGAAGGCUUGAUUUGACAUAAAGCCUGCCUUAAUUAUCGUCCUUUCUCAUCUGUUGAAUUAGAGCCACAUACAUUGCGCUUACUUUUUGACUUGGCAGAAUUCUAUCUUUGAUAAUUCAUGGAAAAUGAGCAAUGGCCUGUUAUGAAAAUUAGAUCUGAAAGAGGGGAAUGACAAAGAAAAAAGCUCUUCUUACUCUGCCGAAUUGAUCUUUUCAAACAAUGAAGAUAACAGCGCUACUUAUAUUUUCUUUCUUCUGUGUUUUAUUUCCCCUUCUAAAAAAGAAACCAUCUAAGAUGGCAAAAAAGUUGUGUUCUUUUUGCUGUUGCUCUUGCUGCGGUUUAACUUCCCCUUCUAAAAAAGAAGCCAUUUCUAGGUCUCCUGACCAACAAAGCACUACAACCACGUCCUUGCCUUUACAACCUUCUGAAUAGGAGCCCAUUGCUGGACCUUCCACAACCACUAUGACUGAUUUUAACAAUUUUCUACACAAGUUCAAUGAUAUAAGCCAGAUUGAGGGUCUAAUUCCGGUUUUGGAAGAGCUGUUGAAGAUUGUGUCAGGAGAUAAGAGUGAUGAUAGAGGAUCUAGUUCAGCAGCAGGCUCUUGUAUUCAAGAUGGCCAAAUGAUCCUGGAGAUGCUAGAUAAACGCAUUGGCAAGCGUUCUUUAAAGAAAAAUUCUACAGAUAGCACAAUUGCAGAGAUUGAAAAUAUUUGUAUAGAAGUGCUCAAAGGCUCUGAGAAGAUUCCUAAAGUAGGAAUGGCACUUUGCAUGUUGGGAUCUGUAAUCGAGAGAUUUAGUCAGAUGUCUGACAACAAGAGUGAGUGCCUUGAAGUUUUGAGAAGAAUGCUUAGUCUUGGGAAGCAAAUUCUGCAGCUGAAUGAGCAAAUUCCAGACCAGAAGGAAAAACUAAAUGAGGCAGUUCAGUGCAUUGUUGUAGGAAGCAGCAUGUGCAUCUCCCAACUUGCAAGGUCCAAUAUUUUUAGGUUCAUGCUAGAUCAUUUGCCGUUGACAAGACCCUCUCUUGGUGAUGGUACAUAUUCCUUUGUGCAUUGAUGAGAUAAAAUUUUGUGCAUAAACAUUAAGUCAAGUGAAUGUAUUGCUAUUUAGAAAUGACCACAUCUACCAUCGUCUUCAACCAUGCAAAGAAAUGCAGUGAGAAGGGCUUUAAUCAACAUGCGUCUUUCUUCAAAGUUAUGCUUGUAUACUUUGCAGAGAAACUGGCAUUGUUGUACAUAAGCAUUUCUCUUAGGACAUGAGGAUGUCUGAUGCAGAUGAAGUGGGAUGUUGUAUUUGUAUAUGGAUGUGAAUUGUUGUAACAUUGUUAUGACGAUAUACAAUGUCCAUGAGCAAAUUGGUUUAGUUAUAUUGAUGAUAUACAUUGUAUCUGUACCCUUCAUGG